GACUUCAUGACGCAGGGUCUUUACGUUACUCCGCCCCUAUGCGUGUGCCGUCAGUGUCCUUUUGCGCAGCCGCAGUCCCUGAUAGCGCUCUCCUUCCUCUCGACUGGUGCCCUUCUGAGUGUCUUCCUUUAGUUCCGUGUAUUUUCUCUGCUGCUCAGCACCAUGUUCAGAGCCGCUGUGCGAUAUACCGCCUCCGGACUUCGGAGUCUGGCCAGGACUCAAGCCGUCCGUACCGCUCCUGUAGCCUCGCGUUGUUAUUCACAUGGGAAGCAGGAGACGGACGAGGAGUUUGAUGCCCGCUGGGUCACCUAUUUCAACAAGCCUGACAUCGAUGCCUGGGAGCUAAAAAAAGGUAUGAACACCCUGAUUGGUUACGAUUUGGUACCUGAACCAAAGAUCCUUGAUGCAGCACUCCGAGCCUGCAGGAGGCUGAAUGACCUGGCCAGUGCAAUCCGCAUCCUGGAAGCUGUCAAGGAUAAAGCUGGACCUCACAAAGAGAUCUACCCCUACGUCAUCCAGGAGCUGAGACCCACACUGAGUGAGCUGGGCAUCUCCACGCCAGAGGAACUGGGCAUGGAUAAGGCAUAGACAUCAGUAAUCUCAAUGGUUUCCUCGAGGACUGUUUCCAGCAGUGUGACAGUCGUCGUCUGCACUUGAUGUAUCGGCCUCGUAAAACAAUACUUUGUGUGAUAUUUAAAUCUGGCCUUUGUUGUCCUGCUGUGUAUGAAGAUGGACCUAAUAAAGGAAAAAGCUCUCUCUGAGAGGCUUUGUGCUGAUUUA